GGGGAAGGCGAGCUGGUCGGGGAGAGAAUCUUGGUGGGGUUGUGUAUGGAUUUAUACCCCGUUUAUUAGUAUUUAACGCGGUUUUGAAGGCGCAGCAGCGAUAGCUAAUGUGGAUACGUGUUUCAUAUGAGUGAAUGCGGUGAAGAGGAAGCUGAGUUGGGUGUUUUUGAAUGAGAACAUUGUGUGCGGGCCGGAUCGCCAUUGCUGUGAGCAGAGGCUGUUUCUGUGUCUCCAUCCAGCUACGAGCAAAGCGCCUCCCAGCUUUGUGAGGGUCCACGAUGGGGAAGAAAGCACGGAGUCCCAGGGUCCCUGCCCUACACCGGGCCCCGUCUCCCAUCAAACCAUCGGCAAACAGAGAGACCCUCACCUACGCAGAGGCACAACGCAUAGUAGAGCUGGAGGUCGAUGGCCGUGUACACCGGAUGAGCAUCUUCGACAAGCUGGAGGUCGUCACCGAUGACGACCCUGUGGCGCAAGAGAUGACGGAGUGCACCAGCAACAAGGAGAACACAGAGAAACCUCAGCCGGAGCCGCUGAGGUCAGCCCGGCUCAAAAUCAACCAGCUGAAAAAGAAAGCGGCUCAGAAAGCACAGGCAGCUCAGGUGUCAUCUUGCACCCUUCCUGAACCCAAAUUUCGCAUUGUGGAUUAUAACCUGCCAUGCGUGCCACGAAGACCUCAGGAGUAUUACAGGUACGUGGAGAAGACCCUGGAGGAGCUCGACGAGGAGGUCGAAUACGACAUGGACGAGGAGGACUUCGCCUGGCUGGAGCUGGUUAACAAGAAGCGACUUAAUGAGGGUUUCAGCCAGGUCUCGCCCAACGUCUUUGAGUUCCUCGUAGAUCGGUUCGAGAAGGAGUCGUUCUUGGAGAGUCAGGGUCAGCAGGAUCCUCAGUCUCUGGUGGACGAGGAUGCUGUGUGCUGCAUCUGUAUGGACGGAGAGUGGUUGGACAGCAAUGCCAUCCUUUUCUGUGACAUGUGCAACCUCGCAGUGCAUCAGGAGUGUUACGGAGUCCCUUACAUUCCGGAGGGUCAGUGGUUGUGCCGGCAUUGCUUACAAUCUCCCGCACAGCCCCCUGACUGCAUCCUGUGCCCCAAUAAAGGGGGCGCUGUAAAGAAGACCGAGGACGAGCGCUGGGGCCACGUGGCCUGCGCGAUGUGGAUUCCUGAAGUCGGCUUUUCCAAUACGGUCUUCAUCGAGCCCAUCGACGGGGUUAACAACAUUCCGGCUGCCCGCUGGAAGCUCACCUGCUACCUCUGCAAGGAGAAAGGCGUCGGCGCCUGCAUCCAGUGCCACAAAGCCAACUGCUACACAGCCUUCCACGUCAGCUGCGCCCAAAAGGCAGGACUGUUCAUGAAGAUGGAGCCCGUCAGGGAGGUGACAGAGUCAGGGGAGACGAACUUUUCGGUGAAGAAGACAGCCUACUGCGGUGCGCACACUCCCAACGGAUGUGUCAGGAGACCCCUCACUGUGUACGACGAGCCCAAGACCGAAACCAAAAACGGACUCUGUCAAACUCCGAAAAAGAAAAGUCAGACGAAAAAGCAGAAGAGCAAAAAGAAAAAGACAGCGGAGUCGGUCGCAGUGCUUCCAGCCAUGUCUGUUCCUAGUAUUUCAUCUGACAGGUUAAACUCCAUCCUCAGUCAAGUGUCUCUCCAGAGGAAGAAAGCAUUCGUCGAGCUGGUCUUGAACUACUGGACUCUGAAGAGACAAUCGCGACACGGACAGCCACUGAUCAGACGACUUCAUUCCAGUCUACAGACUCAGAAAACUGUCCAGCCGAAGACGGAUGAGGAGGAGGCCCGGGCGCUGAAGGAGCAGCUGAAGGAGUGGCAGCGUUUGAGGCACGACCUAGAGAGAGCCCGCCUACUGCUAGAGCUCAUCAGGAAGAGAGAGAAGCUCAAGAGAGAGGAGAUGAAACUGCAGCAGUCGAUAGUGGAGCUGCAUCUUACUCCAUUAAGCAUUUUGCUGGAGGCUGUGUUGGACCAGCUACAGGAGAAAGACCAGGCCAAGAUAUUUGCACAGCCUGUUAACCUUCAAGAGGUACCUGAUUACCUGGACCACAUUAAGCACCCCAUGGACUUCUCCACCAUGAGGAAGCGUAUACAGGUGCACGAGUACUGCAGUCUGGACCAGUUUGAGGCUGAUUUCAACCUCCUCAUUUCGAACUGUUUGAAGUACAAUUCCAAGGAUACUUAUUUCCACCGUGCAGCCGUGAGAAUGAGGGAUCUGGGAGGGGUUGUGCUUAGGAAGGCACGGCGCCAUGUCGACAGUAUCGGCUUCGACCCCAACAGUGGCACGCACACGUCUGAACCACCCAAGAUCGAAGAGCCUCAUCCGUUCUCCUGGGCAAAUGUGGACCAUUUAUUGAACCCAGCUAACCGGCAGCACAUGCCGCUCGAAGGCAGCCUAAAAGAGCUUCUGGAGAAGCUGGAUCUCACCACGGCCAUGAAAUCCAGUCCGUCACGUAGCAAACGCUUAAAACUGCUAAAGAAAACCAUCAACGAUGUAAGGAUGGAAAUGAGUUUGAAGAACGUCCAGUCUACACCGUUUGAGUCUGUAAGAUUAGCAGAGGAGCGGACAGCAGAAGCCUUUUCAGCUGAGGAUGUUGACCAGUCGGUUCCUCCAAGGCUGGAGCCCUCAGAUUCCCACCCUCCUGUCAUUCAGUCAGAUGGUCCAUCAGAGCCACCGACGCUGAAGCCAGUUGAACUUAAUUCUGAUCAACAGUGGCCUGAAAAACUCGACCACACUGAGAUACUGAACGGACACUCGCGAGACCGGCUGCUGCUGGACGAAGCGGAUGUGAGCGUGGUUGCCACGUCCACCUUGGCCGAACCCUCCACCCCUGUAAACAGACGCACAUCUGUGCUGUUUGGCAAGUCCAAAAGCACGAGCCCACAGAAAGGCACCGGGGUCGAGGAAGCACAGUUGGGAGCGAAGACCAUCUUGUCCGUGGUGAUCCCUCGACUAGAGACGCUGCUCCACACCAGGAAGAGAUCACACAGCGGCAGCCGGGACAUAGACAUGGAAGAGGAGCUGCCCACCAAACGGCCAGACUUGUCGAAUGGUUUUUUGGAUCAGGAGCCGGAUUUGAGUCCCAGUAGGCAGCAGGAGCCUCGCCGUAGGUGCGUCUCUGAAUCCAGCAUCUCGUCCAGCGGCAGUCUGCUGGGUACCACCAGCAGUUUUGUAACGUGUGGGAAAGGAAAGCCGGCUCUGGUGAGGAGGAACACUGUGGACGACAAAAGCGAGCUAAUCACUUGCAUUGAGAAUGGGAACUUCGCCAAAGCUGCUAGACUCGCUGCUGAUGUUGGCAGCAGCAAUUUUUGGAUGCCAGCUAAGGCUGCAAAAGUUGUGUUGGAACCUUUAAAGCUAGUUUGGGCAAAAUGUAGCGGAUACCCCUCCUACCCCGCCUUGAUAAUCGACCCACACAUGCCUCGGGUGGGCUGCCAUCACAACGGGGUGUCCAUUCCAAUCCCCCCUCUGGACGUGCUGCGGAUUGGGGAGCAAAUGCAGUACAAGUCGGAGGAGAAGCUCUUCCUCGUCCUGUUCUUCGACAACAAACGCAGCUGGCAAUGGCUUCCUAAAUCCAAAAUGGUCCCUCUUGGCAUCGACAAGACUAUCGACAAGAUCAAACUGAUGGAGGGCCGCACCUCAUCUAUCCGCAAAGCCGUUCAGACGGCAUUCACGCGUGCCAUGAACCACCUGAGCCGGGUACAGGACGAGCCGAGCAGCGACCUCAGCGACGUCGACUGAAACCCUUCCGCGUCCGUCUCUGCGGACCAGAGUGGAUCGUUAAGCCUUAGUAAUCAUCACGCCUCGCUCAGAUGUCAUCAACCUGCUGCUACGUCUUGCCGGCUGGAGCCUCGAUGACUGUGUAUAGGAGCGCAUUUAGUCGUCUGUUCUGCAGCUUCACUGUGCCGAGAUCCUGCUGCCAACUCACCUACCACUCGCUUACCACUCGCCUUCUCCCUGCACGGCCUUCGUUCCACCCGAACGUCUCGUCUCCACCCAGUUACAAGUGUUCAUGUAUUUAACAGACUCUCUAUGUAAAUAAGUGUAAAUGUUCCCAUGCUAACUUAUUCGAGUUGCCGCACUGGGUACUGAAUAUUUUUUUUUUUUUAGUAUUUAUAUUUUGGUUGGUGAAUUUCCGGAAGCAUCACAGCGUCUUCCUUACUGAUGCAGAAAAAAAAAGGAACGGACGCUCGAUCAGGGCUUGAAAAAAUGUGAGAGUAUUUUCUGUUUUCAUUAUUAUGGUUUAAAUUAUUGAAGUUUAUAAGCAUAAACUUUUUCUUUUUGGUAUUAAAUGUCUUUUGUAACCAAUAAUGUUUUUUAUACCAGUUUUAGCCUAUUUUGUUGUGAUAUAUUUAUAUAAAUAAAUAUAUAUCUGUAUUCUUUAGAUGCUCACACACACUGUUGUGUUGUUCUGGAUACUCAAAGUGCUCAAAGUUGUUUUCAUGAAACCAAAAGUAAAAAUGCUGCCCAGACAUUUCCUUAUUAUUAUUAUUAAUAUUAUUAAUAUUUUUUUUUUACAUUUUAUUUGUUUGUUUGUGUUUGUUUUUAUCUUUAUUUGUGUAUCAGCGACACUGUAUUGUUUAAAUGGAUUACGAUGGACGGUUUGGUUUUGCAUUUGGGACCUUCAUGAUCAUUACUGAAUGAUGUGAAUGUGUUAUUUAUUUGUUGGAUAUAAAGUAUCUGCAUUACUUUGUACUAUGUGAAAAAACGAGUCAGUAUGGCACAUUCCGGUGACUCUACGUUGAUCGAUUGCCUUUUUGUUUGUUUUUUGUUUAAUAUGAAAUUACUGCUAAGACUGUUUAGUGAAAAUACAUUCUGUCAGUUUAGUUGUACUCUGGGUAGCGAAGGGUAGAUCUUUGGAUACUUUUAUACAAUAUAGAUUUUUUUGAUAAUAAAACGGUUGCUGGUUAUUAUUAUUAUUAUUAUUUUUUAUUUUAUUUUUUUUUAAUAGAAAUGCUGAUAAUAAACCAGACAAAGAUGUGCACCACA